AGCCCUGUACCAUGUGACCUCUGUGAUCAUUCACAGAUUUCACAUGUAGUAAGCAAAGAUGGCAGAAGUGACAUCUUGCUUACACCUAUUCAUGUGAUCACUGAUUGGCCAAUCAGUGAUCACAUAAUCGGGUCCCAUAGAGCAAUCAGUGUACCGCUGUGUCCUCCGGAUCGCGGUGCCGCGUGCUCCCAGGGAACACGCACUGUCCAAAAUGGCGUGCGCCGUACUCCCAGGUAGCGUGCACAAGCAGGGGGCAGGGAGGCCAUUUAUAUAAAUCGCCACCCAACCCUGCACUGCCACC